AUUUGUUCCAUUUAAGAAUGACAUAGAACGAGAUUUGAAAUAGUGUGUGAAAAAUGUCGGCGUUAUUGUCUCUGAGAAGUUAUGGGAAUGAUAGUGACGAAGAUGCGUCGCCGCCGCCACCGAUUGCAGACGUGGCGGGUCAUUUGAGACCCUUGCCAGAAAUCGUGGCGUCCACGUCUAUGGCCAUUGUUGCUGCCCCGGACGUUGUUCCCAACUGUUCUUUGGACUCGAGGGAGCUAGUGGACCCGAAAACAAAAGAGCUGAAGUUUAACCCGAAAUUGGAAGAUUUGUAUGCACCGGUUGUAGGACCGUCGAACCCGUUCAAAACCAAGCAGCAGUUGGCAACGAAAAACGUUCUUGCGGGUUUCGCGGAACCCGCCCACGUCGAUCAUUUUCAGUUCGAGUCAGAACGCAGGACGUUCAACAGUUUCGGGUAUGCGAAGGAUCCGAGUGUAGCCGAAGAUAUUACGACUGUUGGAACCGUGAAACAGCCCAGAAUUGUCACAGCUUCGGAUGAAUCGAAGGAUUUGGCGACAGAAAAUAAGCUUGCUUCUGUGUUUGAAAGUACGAAAGUUCGACCGAAAGACAAACGGAAGCGAGAGAAAAACGAUGACCCUGGUGACGUGGAAAAUUAUCUGGGCCCUUGGGGAAAAUUCGUGGACGAGCAACGUGUCGCUUGCCCGACGGAAGAAGAGAAGGAGUAUCUUGCAGAAUACAUCGCAAAAAAACAGCGCCGCAAUCGGAAAGUGGAGGAAAAGCCAAUGGAAGAGAAGUCCGUGCUGCAUCUCAAAGAAGAGAAAGAUUAUCAAGGCAGGAGCUUCAUGCAUCCACCGCAAGAUGUCGGUGUCAAUUUGCGGUCGGAAGAACCGCCUCACAAGUGUUUCAUUCCCAAGAGACUCAUUCACACUUGGGAAGGGCAUUCGAAAGCCGUCUCAGCAAUCCGAUGGUUUCCUCGUUACGCACAUCUAUUGUUGUCUUGUUCUAUGGACACCAAAAUCAAGUUGUGGCAAGUGUACGGGAAUAGGAAAGUCGUGCGAACUUACAUGGGUCAUAGGCAAGCCGUUCGAGAUGUGAGCUUCAACAACGAUGGAACUCGGUUUUUAUCUGCUGGUUAUGACCGGUACAUCAAACUGUGGGACACAGAAACUGGACAAUGUAUAGAGAAGUUCACAAACAAGAAGGUUCCGUAUUGCGUAAAAUUCAACCCGGACGAAGAUAAGCAAAAUUUAUUCGUUGCUGGCAUGAGCGACAAGAAAAUUGUUUGUUGGGAUGUGAGAACCCCUGAAGAUCCUGUUCAGGAGUACGACCGACAUCUGGGAGCCGUGAACACAAUAACUUUCGUCGAUGAAAAUCGGCGAUUCGUUUCCACAUCUGAUGACAAGAGCAUGCGAAUCUGGGAAUGGGAUAUUCCGGUUGAUAUGAAGUACAUCGCAGACCCGUCCAUGCACUCGAUGCCCGCUGUGACAUUGUCGCCGAACCAGAAAUGGCUUGCUUGUCAAUCAAUGGACAACAAAAUCGUCAUCUUCUCGGCGAUAAAUCGAUUCAAGUUUCAUCGAAAGAAAACUUUCAAGGGACACAUGGUGGCUGGUUAUGCGUGUGGCAUUGAUUUCUCACCUGAAAUGAGUUAUUUGGUAUCUGGAGACGCGGAUGGAAAAGUUUACGUGUGGGACUGGAAAACUUCUCGGAUGCUUACCAAGUGGAAAGCCCAUGACAAAGUUUGCAUCUCCGUGCUUUGGCAUCCACAUGAGACCUCAAAACUUGCUUCCGCCGGCUGGGAUGGUGUCAUUAAAUUCUGGGAUUGAUUUCCGGGACGGAAUGAUGAUUUCACGAUUUUUGAAAAUGUGUACGCCUGGACGAUUUCGUAUUUGUGUUUGUACCACUGCUGGCUUCGAAAAAACGCUGAAGGAUUAAAGUGGAAAUCUGUUUGAUCCAUGUCAUCUACGGGAGCGAAGACGAUCAGUUCUUCAUCCGCAGUUUUUCCUUCUUUAUUUUUGGCUUGCGCUUUUUUUGUUGUUGCAAUAUU